UCAAACAUCAAAGCUUUCUCUCUUUCCCAGAUUCUUUCAAGUCUUUUUAUUGUUUUUCCACUUGGGAAUAUAGAAGCCAUGGGUUUCCGGCUGCCUGGAAUUGUUAGCCCCAAGAGAAGUCUUACCCGAUCUUCAUCUAAUGCAAACAAGACUGCUUCAAAGACCUUAGAUAUCCCAAAAGGCUUUUUUGCAGUCUAUGUCGGAGAGAGCCAGAAGAAGCGAUUUGUGAUUCCAAUAUCAUACUUGAACCAACCUUCAUUCAUGGAUUUGCUGAGUCAAGCUGAAGAAGAAUUUGGAUACGAUCAUCCCAUGGGCGGUAUCACAAUCCCUUGCAGUGAAGACACCUUCCUUGAUCUCACUUCCAGCUUGAGUGUGUGACUGAAA